AUGGGAAGGCGGAUAACGACGACAACUCCAGCCUCCACCACUCAAGCACCUGGCACCUCAAUAUUCGAUGAAUCAGCGUUCGGCACUAGCACAGUCGUUACUACGACUACGACCCUUCCGACUGCACCAAGCACUGCACCACCCACGUCACCUACUACGACUUCUACGACAGCAUCGUGGCCAACUCCCCCUGAGGUGCCCUUGGACACAACCAGUACAACGAUUUCUGUAGAAAGUGGAAUCACAGCAGGCACGGAAUAUCCACCGAUGCCAGAAGGAUCAGAAGAGGAAGAAGAACCGUCUGAGGGACGCGUAGUGAUGAAGGAGCGGCCGUCGACAUUCGGCGAUCAGAACCUGGCCAAGACGGAGAUCGAACCAGGACUCUUGAGGAAGGUCUAA